AUGUUUAGACAAGCCUUCCGUCAAGUUGCUAAACAAUCAUCUUCUGUUGUUAAGAGAACCUAUGCUACUGAAGCUGCCCCAUCUUCAGAUGCUUUGAAGUUAUCCUUGGCCUUGCCAUACCAAACCUUGUACAACGAAUCUGAAGUUCAACAAGUUAACUUGCCAUCUGUUAAUGGUGAUUUGGGUAUUUUGGCCAACCACAUUCCAAUUGUUGAACAAUUGAGACCAGGUUUAUUGGAAAUCAUCUCCAAGAACGGUGAUUCUGAACAAUACUUUGUCAGUGGUGGAUUUGCCAUGGUUCAACCAGGUAACAAAUUGACUAUCUCAGCCAUUGAAGCUUUUAAACCAGACCAAAUUGAUCUUUCUGCUGUCAAGAACUUGAUUGCCGAUGCUCAAAAGAGAGCUGAAUCUAGUGACGAAAAAGUUGCUGCUGAAGCCACCAUUGAAUUAGAAGUUUUAGAUGCUUUACAACACGUUGCUAAAUAA